AUGAAAAAGUAUUUGUGGAUGAAGAAGAUUUCAUGGCCGUGGAGGAAGAAGGACACUUCAGUAGAUGAGUCCAGUCCGCUCAUACCGAAGGCAGGCUCUGACAUAGAGGAUUCAACAAACCUUGACUUUCACACCCCCGGGUGUUAUGAGGCACGGUCAGACUUUGGAGACUAUGGACUGGACCAAAACAGCUCUGCGCAAGCAGUCGUCCGGCCCCGCUAUGGUUACACUUUCAUUGACUAUUUCCUCAAAUACGCCCUCUUCCUAUGCAACCUGUUGUUCACUGCUGUGGGCCUGUUGGUCCUGGGUGUGGGGAUGUGGGGCCUCGUCAGCAAAGAGUCGUUCGCCCAGGAGAAGAUCGGCAGUAUUGGCAGCGAUCCGAUGCUGAUCAUAGUGGGAAUGGGCUUUUUGCUGACUCUGCUCUGCCUGUCAGGAUGUGUGGGCGCCAUAAGAGAAAACUGCACCUUGCUGAGGCUGUUCUCUGGUGCAGUGCUGGUGCUCAUCACACUGCAGGUGCUGGCUACCAUCUUGGCUUACAGUCUGCAAGAUCAGAUUGGAAGCUACCUGCAGUCAGGGAUGAUAACGGCCAUGGUGCGCUACCAGGAUGAUCUGGAUCUGAGGUUCAUCAUGGACGAGAUCCAGUCAAAUCUGCAGUGCUGUGGGGCAGAUACUUACCGUGACUGGGAGAUCAAUGUAUAUUACAACUGCUCAGCUCCAGGAGUGCUGGCCUGUGGCGUCCCCGCCACAUGCUGCGUGGACCCUCUGGAGAACGGCACCGUGUGGAACUCUCAGUGUGGCGUAGGAGCCCAGCUGCUGGAUGAGUUUACCGCCCAGAGUGUGAUCUUCCUGGGUGGCUGUCUGGGAGGGAUCUCUCGCUGGAUCGAGCUACACAUGGGCCUGAUAGGAACCAUUGCAAUCGUCUUACUGGGGAUCCAAAUUAUGACUCUGUUUAUCACAACACGACUGUUAGACAGCAUCUACUGGCAUAAACUCUACAGCUAA